AUGUCAAAAUUAAAAGGUGACGCUGAGCAACUUUGCGAGAAAAUUGCAAUGUUCUUGAGCGACACGGUCGGGAAAACCGAUCGCGACACCGAAGCAAAAAGCGGCACUCUAUACAGGGAACUAAACGAUCUACUGACACAUGUCAAGGAACUCGGCAGAAAGUUUAAUGACGUGAAAAAGAAAUGUAGAGCAGUUGAUGAGACAUUAACCCAGUGGACUUCGAAAGCUGCAGAACAACUUUCAUCAGCCAAACUAAAGGCCAACCACGCCAUUAACAAAGUAGCCAACGAAAUGAAAAAUAAGAUUACCGACGAUCUCCAUGCUGUGAUACAGAAAGUCCAGAAUGUAUACCAGCGCACAAUGGAAACUAAACUCGAGGAGUUAAAAAGCGAUGUAGACGCUCAAUUUGACAAAAUUAGAAUCGUCAUAAACGACGACCUGGAGAGCGGAGUAAAGGGUUUACUCCGAAAGCUCCAUACGAAUUGUGAACGAAUCGUCGCUAAUGAUGUAAGCGUCGAAGCAUUAUCAUCGGCAUUUCAGACCGUAAUCGGACCACUCAAGGACCACGUCGACAUUGAGGUCAAGCGGCUUAACAAGGAAAGCAACGACAAAAGCAAUCCUGUUAAACACCAUAACGCAAAAUAUGCUGACGAACUUAACCAAGUUUAUAGAGUACUAAGAGACUUGCUUAAUCACAUCACCACCAAAAAAGGCUAUGACUAUUUGUUUCCCCGCCUGCUCGAUGAGCUGAUGAAUGCUGUCAAUAGGCUCACGCCGCAGGAUUUUGCCGAUCCGAACACUGCCAUCCUAGAUGGCAUCCGUGUGGGCCUGGUUGGUUUUGUCAAUGAGAUGAGGAAGGUGUACAUCAACAUGUACGACGGUGCAACGCCGAUCGAUAAGUGGGAGACUGAAGAUCCGAAGAAGAAGAAAAAGGAGGCAAAUAAAGAUGCUGCGGAGAAUAUGAUUUUGACGAAAGACGGAAGGAACGGUGCAAGAAUAUGCGUGACCAUCAUGUACAUGAUAUACCAACAACUUCAUGAGCUAUAUUAUUUCGGAGGUAAGAAAUGGAAGGACCACAAAAUCCAGGGCGAAGCGGAUCGGAUAGAAUUAGAACGUCAUUUGCGCAGAGUGGGCUACGACGUCAGCAACCUGAUCACUAAAGACGGCACCGGCUGGAAUGUCGCCGUCAGACUUGCUAAAGGCUUCGUUAGGCAUAACGAAUUCAAUAAAUAUCCAACAGAGUUUAAGUCAUUAGACGCAUCAAUGGGCUUCGCCAAGAAUCAUGGAGGACUUCUAACGCAGAUUUUCGAACACUUAGAAACGUACAAUGCAGUCUCUCACAUGGUAUUGCAACCUAAACCUAGGUCACCGUGCAAUGCCUACGAGAUGUGCAUAUGGCUAACAGGGCUGCCAUACAGGCCUGUGUAUGACGCAAUGCUUCACGACGUGUUACCAUCACUGCUCGAAAAUCCGGACAAACAGGCGAAGGACGAUGACGGUCUGGAGAUCCCAUUGGUCGACUCUGGCAUCGAGCCAGUCACGGCAUAUCCACAUGACAUCACAUAUGAUGGCCUAGUCACAUCGCUACAUGAAAUGUGUUCAAAAUCAUAUGACGUUCUUGCGUGCAUAGUUGGAACUGGAGACGCUGCUACGUAUUAUGCGUGUCAAUAUUGCGACAACUCGUUCAAUCUACGCUACCCUUCCGAUCCAGCCUCGUGCCUUGACAUGUUGCUCGACAUUCUCCGCCGACUGUUACCAGCGCUCAGGUUCCUGUCCACCCAAUGUAGUCUCGAUGCUGAGCACGGUGGUUGGCAACAAUGCGAAUACGGUAAAGUUGUACCGUCAGGCAAAUCGCGAUGCAAGGACCAUUCGAGUGACGAAGCAACGUGCCAACCAAAGUGCAAAGCAAACACCAAAGCAAAUUGCCAACCAACAUCACCCCUUCAGUCCUACUUAAACGAUUGUUUACCCGGUCAUUUACCUCAUCAAUUAGCCGAUAUUGGAUGCAAGUCCAAAUGUACUACGUGCCCUGCUGGUAAACCAGGGAUGCCCUGCGUCACACCACUUGGAUUCAGGGCCUUUUCCGGUAGCACGAAAACUGGUAAAGCUAUAUGCGACAUACUUGAAGAUCUGUUAAAGAACAACGUAGCUUCAUUAUUGUCUUGCCUACUACCCAGACCACCAUCCACCUUGGCAGAACACUUCGGUUUUGCGCUGUCCGUUGUAAAGGGUUGGAAGCUUGGUGUCUCAGCAGAUAAGAAAGGGAUGCAAUCGCAUAUCGAAUCAUCAAUUGAUAAGGUGUCCAUUAGCCUGUACAGUAAACCUAACGAGCUUACAGAUGCACUAAGUAAGAUAUAUGGCAUAUCACAGAAACGCAAUGACCAUUCUCAUAGGGUUGCUGAGCCAGCGGAUCUGUCAACUCUAUCAAUGGAUCAGUCAUGUAUGCUUGCUAACGAAGACAACGUCCACUGCGGACCCUACCUGCAGAUCCUAUGCAGCGAUUCGUAUUGUUAUCUCGCUAAAAAGCAUUCCGACUUAUAUCUCUCAUGGGCCGUGGAUUUACCGUGGUCACUGUAUAGCUAUCUGAAAUCAUUGUUCGAUUCGUAUAGCAGUAUCUCUUGCCAAGAUUGGGGAUGCAGCAGAUGUGUCGACGGCAUUUCUUGUAGACCGGGCAAACACGGCGAUGGAUACAGCUGUCGGUGCCGAUCGCUGGUGAGAUGCCGUGGUGUGCUGAGCACUUUAUACAACUACGGCUUCACAUUUGGCGACGCCAAAAAAUUGCUAUCUGAUACUGAAAGAAGAUACUGCCGUAACCUUUACGCGCAAUUGCAAAACGUACUAAAAUCGCAACACUUCACCAAAUUAUUUGAGGAAUGUGACAACUUUAUUUGGACCAUCAGAGAACCGUUCACCUACUUGGUCCUCGCACUUUGGUCACUAUCCCUCUUCUACCUCAUCUGCGUCAUGGUUGGCAGACUGGAUGUGCUCCACAUACGCUCACACUUGCGAAUACCGUCAUCGCACAAGAUAACGGCGCAGUCAUUGUUGGCUGCAGCGCAAGUCGGAAGGCUUGCCAAGAUAUCGUAUCUACAACCAUAA